GCCGCCGCGGGAGGCCGCGCCCGCCAUGGCGGCCCGGGCGGUGCUGGACGAGUUCACGGCGCCCGCCGAGAAGGCGGCGCUGCUGGAGCGGAGCCGCGGCCGCAUCGAGGGCCUGUUCGGCGUGAGCCUGGCGGUGCUCGGCGCGCUCGGGGCCGAGGAGCCGCUGCCCGCGCGCAUCUGGCUGCAGCUCCGCGGGGCGCAGGAGGCGGUGCACAGCGCCAAGGAAUAUAUUAAAGGAAUCUGUGAACCUGAACUAGAAGAAAGAGAAUGCUACCCCAAGGCCAUGCACUGCGUCUUUGUUGGGGCGCAGAGCCUGUUUCUGAAGAGCUUGAUUCAGGACACCUCUGCCGAUCUCUGUGUUCUGGACACUGGUCUCCUGGGUAUCAGAGGGAGUGCCGAAGCCGUGGUCAUGGCUAGGAGUCACAUCCAACAGUUUGUAAAGCUCUUUGAGAAUAACGAGAACCUGCCCAACAGUCAGAAGGAAUCAGAGGUGAAAAGGGAAUUUAAACAGUUUGUGGAAGCCCGUGCAGACAAUUAUACAAUGGACUUGUUGAUUCUGCCCACUUCCUUGAAAAAAGAACUUUUGACACUCACACUAGGCGAGGGGAAUCUGUUUGAAACCGGAGAUGAGGAUGUUAUUGAAAUCGGAGAUUCUGAACGAACAGAGUUUACCCAGAAUGCUGCCGCAGGGCUGACUGUGUCCAGAGAUGAAAUUGUUUUGCAGGAAGAUGCAAGAAAUAAAGCUGGGACUCCUGUUUCUGAGCUGACAAAACAAAUGGACACUGUCUUUUCUAGUUCACAAGAUGUGCUUUUUGUUCCGAUAAAUGGCCUGAACCCAGAAGAAGAGGCACUUUGCAGAGGCAGAGUUUGUCACAAAAGGCGAUUUUCUGACUCAGAGGAAAGGCAUACCAAGAAACAGUUUUCUUUGGAAAAUGUUCAGGAGGGCGAGCUUUUGCAUGAUGGCAAGGCGUUGCCUGGAAGCGUGGUCAUUGACCUGUCCGAGUCUCCUGCCGAUCCUGACAACUUAAGUCCAGAUGUGAAAGACACGACUGAGGAAAUGGAAUACAACAUGCUUGUAAACUUUUUUAAAACCAUGGGCUAUUCCCAAGAAAUUGUUGAAAAGGUCAUUAGGGAGUAUGGGCCAUCCACUGAACCAUUAUUGCUCUUGGAGGAGAUUGAAAAAGAAAACAAGAGAUUCCAAGAAGACAGAGAAUUUUCACCUGGUACUGUGUAUCCAGAGACCAGCAAAACCAAAAAUAAAGGUGUUUGUAGCAGCAUAAAUGAGCUUACGAUGGAUUCCACUCCAAAGAAAACACAAACUCACACACAACAAAAUAUGGUUGAAAAAUUUUCUCAGUUACCAUUCAAAGGAGAAUCAAAACCAUGUACCUCAAAUUGCAAAAUCAGUCCUUUCAGGGCAGUGCCAGUAGAACAGAAACAGGAAGUCUGGAGUUCAAAUCCGAGCUACCUGGGUAACAUGGACCUUGAAACUGACGGCCUUGCCCCCUCUGUUGCCCCUUCAAGUCCCAAAGAAGUUGUCAGUUUUGUUUCAAGAGGAGCUUCAACUCACCAGCCCAGAAUUCCAGUUUUUCCUGAAAAUGGUUUGCAGCAGCAAGGAGAACCCUUGCUUCCGAAUAAUAGGAAAUCUGCCUGUGAAACCCGUUUGGGAUGUUGUAGCUCUCCGCAGUCUAAGCCAAAUUGUCCGCCCCUUUCUCAGGCACCGAUGCCACUGCCCCAGCUGUUACCUCCGGUCCCUGACACAAGGUUGGCAGGACCCUCUGAUCACAUUGAUUCAUCAGUUACAGGGGUUCAGAGGUUUCGAGAUACUCUGAAAGUUCCCUACAAACUGGAGCUAAAGAACGAGCCGGGAAGAACGGAUUUGAAACACAUCGUCAUCGAUGGGAGCAAUGUUGCCAUUACCCAUGGUCUGAAAAAGUUCUUUUCUUGCCGUGGAAUCGCAAUUGCAGUGGAGUAUUUCUGGAAGCUUGGGAACAGAAACAUUACUGUAUUUGUCCCACAGUGGAGAACACGGCGUGAUCCUAAUGUCACAGAACAGCACUUCUUAACCCAGCUCCAGGAGCUCGGAAUACUAUCUUUAACUCCUGCUCGGAUGGUCUUUGGAGAGAGAAUUGCUUCUCAUGACGACAGCUUCACUGAGCACCAGCGGAGUCCUGGGACACGCCACUCAGACACACUUCCUGCCCUAAGGAGUUUGCGAUCUAGAGAAGGCACAGAGAUAAGUCCUUGGGGGGUGGGGAGGUGCUGUGGUGGAAUAAGAGAGGGCUCCAGGCACGGCCAGUGGCAUUAACCCGGUUUCCCAGCCCCUCUUGUGCGGUGCAGUGGGUGGCAGCGGGCCUGCUGGUACCUGCAGGAACCUAAGUGCUGGCUGCCUGUCCUCUCCUGCGCUCACCCUUUGUUGGCCUGUGGCCCUGACAGCCCCCUAGUGGUGUGGCCUCGCUGUUCCACCAGAACGCUCCCCACAUUGAAGAGUGUUCAGCUUGUGACCCAAGCUAGUGAAUGACAGUCAGAAGGGUGAGAGGUGGAAAGGGGGGCUGGGCAGGGCAAAGGGGAUUCGGGAUGACAGCCGACAGCGAUUCCGCAAAAGGUCUAAAGGGCCUUCUCGCGGGCAGCUCCUUCCCUUCUUCAUCAGCACACUGGGGAAGCAGACGGAGAAGAGCGGUGGGGCAGGGCCGUGGGGGAAAGAGCCCUGGAGAGGGGCACCUCCUGCCGUAGCUCUCACCCUGGGGGGCCCUGAGUUCUCCGCUAGACAGGCAGUGUGGACUGCCGGGCUCCUGGACCUUCAGGUCCCCUAACCCUGCAGCUUUGUUCUCGUCCCAGCAGAAUUUAAAUGCAUGUGCAAGCAUUCGCCCUAAGCUUCUGCCGAAUCCGUCUGGCUCCCUGGGCUUUCAGCGACACGAAUGUGUGUCCUGAUCAUUGCACAGGCAUCAGACGCUUCAACGCCUGGUUUUCUUAGUGCCUCUGGGGAGACCUCCCCACUUACAAUUCACGCCAGUUAGAAGUCAUCGGAGAAAUGUUUCUUAACACUGAGUCAUACUCACUAAGGUUUCCUAGGAUCUCUGAAACUAAUGAGGCUUCUUGUUUCUAUAACCCCCUUUAAAUACUCAGUAGUGCUAAUAUAAGCAAUUGUUUGCAGCUUUAAUUCCAGUGAUGACCUUAUUUUAUUGUUCCAGUAUGUUUGUCUGCAUUGCCUUAGACAGAUGCGGUCAUCUUGUCUGAGGGAGAAAACUCACAUUCUGCUCCCGAAUGUCAUGAAGAGGGUUUGAACGUGAAUAACCUCCAGCAGUGAAUAUCACCUUGUAGCUUUCAUAACUUGCAUUUGAGUGACUCUUUCACUGGGCUAGAUAGAAUGGCAGCUCUAGACAUCGAGACGUCUCUCUCAGAGCAGAAAAUGAACCUAUGAAGUUAAAAAAUAAAAAAUUAGAAGCAUUUUCUCAGUCUGUUGAGAUCUGGCUUCCCGGUUUAUCCUCUGACUCAAAAUUUUUAUAAAAAUUCGAAAAAAAUAAAAAUAAUAAAAUAAUAAUAUAAUUAAAAAAUUGCAGGGCUGAGCGUACCAAGCAGGUAAUCUUAGAAUCAAAGUACUGUAGCUUAACAGCUAAAAACUGAAUGGUGAUUUCACAGGCUUGUCAGCUAUCUCUCCUCUGCUCUAGUCCACAUGCAUUAUCCUACUGCCACUCUUCAUUGAUAGAUAAUACAGGUUUUCUAGAAAAAUGUAUAAAUAUGGUUGAGAUCAUUUUAAAAAUGAGAAUUAGAUUGUGUGAAAACCAGAUCUUCAUUUAUAAUCGUACUGAUAAUUUCAGAGGUAUUCAACAUUUCAGACUGAGCUUCGGUUGUCAAGGGCUUAGCCGUUUCCCAGCCCUGGUUAAAUUCUUUGGUGAUUUUCCUCUGGAGACGAAACCCUCUUGUUUUCUUACCACAGCUUCUGUGAGCCAGGAGUGCCUGCUUGCCUGUUUUAACUUCUCUUAUAUCA